GUAAAGCAGUUGUAUUGGCGGCCACGAAAGUUCGUGAGUUAGAGUUGUUGGAUCCUGUGAGGGGAAAGUUUAGUGACAUGUUCGCGAUAAUUUUUGAUAGCUGACACAUAAAUAGUUGUUUAAGAAUGUUGUGCGAAAUACAAUUUUGAUAUGACAUAACAACAAGCAGAAAUGCAAGACAUUUGCGAAAACAUUCGUACAGCUAUUGAACAUGGACGUACCGAUAUAAUCAGAUCCCUUUUAGAUGCAUGUGAAAAUGGUAAUACAUCUGAAGGUAUAACAAAAGAGAAGAUUCUAAAUCAACCAUUAUUAGAAGAAGGUACUUUUCUUUCAUAUGCUGCAAAGAAUAAUCAGCCGGACAUUGUGAGGACAUUACUAAGUUGCGGCGCUAAUCCAGCUAUUCAGAAUGUAAAUGGACACAAUGCAGUAGAUGUUGCAUCUAGCGAUGCAAUACGUCGUACCUAUAUUGAAGAAUUAUUGAGAGCAACAGCUGCCUCAGAAGUCGACAGAGUAUUACAAUUAUUAGAUGCAGGAUUAAAUGUAAAUUCAUGGGACUCUCAUGGCAGUAAAAAUACACCUUUACAUUGGGCCGCCUGUUACGGGAAUAAAGACAUAGUUGCAUGUCUAAUAGAUAGAGGAGCAGAUGUAAAUGCUGUGAAUGGUUGUGGUGCUACACCAUUACAUGAUGCAGUAAAUCGUGGUGAUGUUGCUAUUUGUCAAGAAUUAUUACAAGCAGGUGCAAAUCCUUUUGUACGAGCAACUAAAGGAACCUUUGCAGGGAAAGACCCUUGUGAUCUUUCCAGGGGAAAACAACAUUUGCACUCUUUUAUUCAGAGAUUUUUAUCAAAAACUGAAUCGAAUGACACUAACACCAUGCAUAGUCCGACUGCAUCAUUUCCAGAAGGAAACUUCUGCCAAAAAAGUCUUUCAAGUAACAUGAGUCAACUUUCUAUCGAAUCUACUAAAUCCUUAGAUCCAGUGUAUGAUGUACCUUUACGAGAAACGGACAAGAACAGUCCAACAGAAAGUACCGAUGAAGAUGGAAUUUAUAAUUUACUCUGGCCACAACCGAAAACUGUUGUAGAAUUAAAAAGAUGCUUUGAACCUUUUGUUGCUGGAAAAGAACUUUUUAUAUCCAUAAUACAGGGCAGUGAAUCUAUACAUAGAAUACUAGAUGUUUGGGAAAUCAGCAGAACUCAUUUAUUAGAGUUGGGUCACGAUGUAAAGAUUGGCGAAGUGCAUCCGAGCUCUGGCAAACUACCUAACGACAACAGAAUUGACUGCAUAGUAAAUAGGAAACUGUUCAAUAAACCGGACGGUUAUCAAUUGCAUAUUUCCCAAAAUACGAUCAAAGUUGGUGCCGGUAGUCUGGCAGGAUUACAUUACGCAGUUUGUACAUUCGUGCAAAUUUUGCGAUUGAGUAAAAGUCUGAAUAGAUCUGAUGAGUGUGAAAUCGAGGCUGUUUUUAUAAAGGAUGAACCGAGAUUUUCACAUCGCGGGAUAUUGCUAGACAUCUCGCCCAGAGGACGUAUACCAACGUUAGAUUACUUAUUGCAUAUGAUCGAUUUAUGGUCAUCCUUUAAAAUAUCUUACUUGCAUUUGUAUUCGAGACUUACACCAAAUUGUGAUUGGCAACUUUGUUACACAAAAUCAGAGAUGGUUACACUUGAUCGUUAUUGCAGGGAUCGACAUUUAGAUUUAGUUCCAACCCUAGACGUUGACUCAAACGUGGGACAACAUCAUUUAUCACAAAUGUGGCCUAUAUUCCAAGAAUUACUAGCAGUAUUUCCAAGUUUAAGUUACGUUCACGUUGGCCCCAGGCUAGCUAGUUUACUAGUUCAAGCAGACAAUUUUGAUUUGAACUUGUCCAUUAACGAAACUAUGGAAACAGAUAUGUCCGAAGUAUUUAAGUCGUACUCCUGUCUUCAAGAACUCUGGCAUAUUUUAAAUUUGAGUUCAAGCACAACCUUGAUGCUUUGUUCGAACGGUUUACAUUCCAAACCAAAAUUCAAUAACAUACCCAAUAACAUUAUUCUUGUUGAAUAUGGAUUUCAGGCGGAUUACGAUUUUUCUGAGUGGACAGUGGCAUUUGGAAUAACCGGUGGUAAUGUUUUACCUAGUUCUGGAACAGCAAGUUACAAUAGCUUGGCAGGAUGUCCAGCAUCAACGUAUGCUAACACAAAAAAUGCAAUAAAAACUUCCUUGGAACAAGAUUCAGUAGGAAUAGUUGUAGCCCACUGGUCUGGAAGUCAUCAUCUCACUCCACAUCCGUUCGCAUGGAUCGGAUAUUUAAUAGCUGCAGGAUUAGCAUGGAACCCAGUCAGUGAAUUAGACAUGUUUACCGACGAAAAUUAUGAAGCGUCAGAAGUUUAUGGAUCAAGGCAAAAAUGUAUCGCGAAAUUGUUAGAUAUUCACGUUUUCCAAGAUUCAGAAUAUAAAAUUGGAAAUGCAAUAUUAGAACUGGGCCGUUUGGAUACAUUGGUACUUACUUUAAGUAAAAACCAGGGGGCUAAAGAUUUACAACAGAUUCCUGAUAAUCGGGGAUCCACAUUGUACAGGUUGUUAACAGACCCUGAUAAUGUAAAUUUGGAAUAUCUGUCGGCUGAUCUAUUUGCAAAAGUAACGAAGCAAGUUAAACGUAUCUCUCAUUCAUUGUACGAAUGCAGUUUGUCGUCGAAGUUUUCAUCGAUGGAAUUACAAGAACUUCAGUUGACCGCCGAUUUAAUGCUAACAGCAUGCAGAAUCGGAAGAACAUUGAUCGGUGUUGGUGUUAAUCCUAAUAGCAAUAUGGGUCUUGCAGUUAUUAAUUUAGGAGUAUGUAAUCUGCCACCUACAUUUAGAACUGACAUAGCAAAUAAAAUGUUGGCUCACAUAGAGCAGUAUAAGGGUUCGUGGUUACAACGGCAUUUACCUCAGGGCCUUCAAAGCUCUUUACUAGUCUUGACUAGUGCUUUACAUAGGUUCGUGCCAGAAACAUAAUUUGUUGUACUUUGAAAACAUAAAGACUUCGUAUAUAUAUGUAUAUAUAUAUAUACAUGAAAUAUAUCAGUUCCUGCUAUAAAAGACUGCAGGUCAUAAUAUGCAGGAGGAAUACGUGUAGCUUAUGAAUGUUCCUUUGCGAACAUAAACUUUGAUACAGUGUAAUAUAAUACUAUUGUAAUUAUUUUAAGCCCAAUGUCCAACAUUCUUACUAACGGAGCUGCGUAAAAUACAUUUGCAUUCGCAGAUAAACAAUGUCAAGGGAACAUUCUCAAGCUCUAGUAAACUUCAUAACAAAAUAUUAUUUCCAUCGAUUUACGACGUGACAAGUGAGAAAUGAAAAUAUGUAAUUCGUUUUGUUAAAUACAAAUGUAUUUAAUAAUCAUGUG